CAGUAAUAGCAAAUUUAUCAAACACUUAAAAUGUUUCAAUUUAUUUUUUCCGUUUCUAUAAUUUUAAUAUUCUUUAGUAAAACAACUUUGGGUGGUGAUAACUGUUUAGUAACUGACUAUGACCAAAUUGAAACAGCUUUGCAAACAUGUAAAAAUAUUGUUAUUGAUAGUAUAAUUGUGCCAGCGAAAAGAGAACUGACAUUGAAUAUUCGAGAUGGAACCAAUUUGACUUUCAGAGGAAAUAUUUCAUUCGAAAAAGAGUUUUGGAAAGGGCCUUUAGUACGAAUAUCAGGAAGUAAUUUUUAUAUGCGAGGUGAAGAAGGGUCUGUUUUCGAUGGUAAUGGACCUCUGUACUGGGACGGAUUGGGCACCUGGGGCAAGACCAAUAAACCCAAAUUCAUGAAAAUAAACGUCCAUAAUGCCACAAUGGAAAAUAUUAAUUUGCGUAAUUGUCCUGUUGCUUGUGUCGUGAUAAAGGGAUCUGAUAAUUUGACUAUACGGAAUUGGGUUUUGGAUCUUCUGGAUGGUGAUGAGGGCGUCGCACCUCCAAACAAAUUUGGUCAUAACACUGACGGUUUCACAAUUGGCAGCGAAACUAACAAUCUUUUAAUUGAAGAUACCACAGUUUACAAUCAGGACGAUUGUGUAUCAAUAACAAAUGGUGAAAAUAUUACCAUAAGAAAUAUCUUUUGUCAUGGAAGUCACGGGCUAUCCAUAAACGGCGAAGGGAAAAUCGUUAAAAAUGUUUUGAUUACGGAUUCAGUAAUAACCAAUGCCCAGAAUGGUAUUCACGUUAAAACUCAUCUUGGAAGUCCUCCAGGAUUGAUCCAGAAUGUUACUUACAAGGAUAUUAAAAUAUUGGAUAGUAAAAGCUAUGGAGUAAGAAUUCACCAAAAUUACAAAAACUUAUCACCAGGACACUCUAUGGAUGACCCUCCAGAAAACAGCGUGAAAAUUUAUGACCUAAAUUUUAUAAAUAUUUUUGGAAAUGUUCAAAAUGGCGCGAUUCCUGUUUAUAUUCUUUGUGCUGAUGAGGGAUGUUUCGAUUGGACGUGGGAAGGAGUUCGAUUGUAUGGAGCCAGAAGCAACAACUGCACAGGUUAUACUCCCGAAGGAUUUUCUUGUUAAAAUCAUAUUCCUCAUUAUUUAUUUCUUUUAACAUAAAUGUGGUUUUAUUUUACUACCUAUAAAUAUAAGUUGAUUUUAAUUCUGAUUGGCGAUUAUAUUCAAUAAAUCUAUAUUUUAUUUAUAAUAUUUUCAAUUACUAUUAAUCGUUUUAAGUAUAACAGGGUGGUAAAGCACAGCUUGCAGUGGCGCUUCGAUCUAAAAUGGCAACAUCUUCCUCGCCCUUGUCUAGUGCCUGCUGAUGUCUGUGUCGAUUCAGCUCGAUAUUGGCUUCCUGUAUUGCUUCCCAUAAUUUCGCUUCCGACAUUAUUUGCCGGGAAAGAUCUUCUACGGCAGGCUCCGCACUCAGUUCUAAUAAGCUGUUAAUUGAGUUUUCGACUUCUUCGCCGUCAGAUGUCAACGCUGGGAGAUUUGAACGCUUACGACCAC